AAAACAGAUAAGUGAACGUAUGCAGAUAAAAUAAAUAUGCGGAAACGAUAAAUUAGAUAAUGCCGAGAGCAGGUGACGAUAAAAUUGAUUUAUACAUCGUGAUGAAUCUACGAGGAGCGCAUAAUCGCUCUGGCAUUUACAUAGAUUUGCAUUUGAAAUCUGCAAGGGACGAUCUUCGAAUUUACAUUACUUAUCCAAUAGGAUGGCAUUAAAUAUCAUUAGUGCGGAAGAUCCAAGCAUCUAGUGAGAAUGCAAAAAAAUUCUCUCUUUCUCUCUCUCUCUCUCUCUCUCUCUCUCUCACUCACUCUCUCUCUCACAUUCCACAAUUCCUUUCCGGCUUUGCGUGCGAGAAGAGAUACUUUCUUCGAUUAACGUGGACGGAGAGGUGUGUGAAGAGCUCGCACGCGAGUCGUCGAGGACGCGGCUUUACUCCCCUGCUGACGCAAACGCAAUGAAUAUUUGAGUACACACGCGCGUGCAGGAACGCCGGUAUCGGUAUCGCCGAUAUUCGCUUCCGCGACUCCGUUGGAAAUUUAACGAACGCGACGUAUCCAUAUCAGAGCCGCUUCGUUUCAUUUCACAUUCGUCACAUCUCGUUUACUUCAAGUGAUUCCGAUCUUUAAUUAUCUGGAACGCAGGAUUACGGCACGCGCGUUGGAAUUCUCGAGGUGUUGUAUCUCCGAGCACCGAGUGUAUGUAUUUUUUCAAGGUGGUCGCCUGGUGGUUUUUAGAGCGCGAAUAAUAUUCGGCAGAUAUAGGCGGCAAUUGAUCAAGGAAUGUAGAUACGAGACAUUUACUUGACUAAAAGUGCAUCGCCCGGACGACUGCGAGUCCCGAAAGCGCGGCGAGGAAGCGCUGGAUAUGUCCGCGGACGAAGACACAGACUGAAGCGAAGGUUUUCGAAGUGCCGCUUAAUUUUCGUGCAGUCACGCCGUGCAGGCUCGCAUAUUAAGAAAUCGUAUAAUUUUCUCCGCAAGCGGGCCGGCGGUCGAGCCAGUCAUUCGUCGAUAAUCGUGAGCGGAAAUGAUCGUGCGUGAUCGCGGAACGACUCUCCGAGCUCGCGGCGAUCGUACGGUGUCCGUUGGAGAACGCCGGGUGUGAAGUACAUAAAAUCAGGAGGGUGGCUCCCGAGGUAGUCCCGCCGAAGGUAUCUUGAAAGAUAGGCGGCGUGGUUCUGCUUGAGAUGAACUCGGUGGCGGUGACAGUGCCGCUUCGUCAGCCGACGAAGAAGAUGAAGAAGCGGAAGGAGCUGGACGCCCUGGCACCGGCGCACGCUAUCUCGCGCCGGAGUUCCGGGAAACGCAGCUCGCAGGAAUUGCUGACAGACAGCAGCGACGAUCGUUCGGAAUACUGGAACGUCUCCACCAGAAACGGUCGCAAGUGCAGGGGCAGGAGAAGUCGUGCUUGUCCCGGAUUCCUUAAGGCUUGCAAUGCCUUUUUGGCGUGCGCCUCCGUAUUGGCGACCGCCAGCCUGAUAUGGCUGUUCAUCGACGUUCGUCAACAGCUUACGGCUUUGCGAACCGAGUUAGACCAAGUGAUAGCGGGUAGCGAGGGUGUCCCGGACGCUCUGCAGAAAUGCCACUCCUUGUCGAGAGAUCUUCAGAAUAAUCAGACAAUUAUCUUCUCCAGACUGUCUGAUCUCAAGCAGCAAAUAAAUAAUUUUACGGUACAGCUAGCGCAUAUUCAGCAAGACUUGCAUAAAGUGCAGGAAUACUUCCAAGCCGCACCCGAGAUGGCCAAUUUGCCGAAACGCUUGAACGAGUUGUCAACUAGUGUUGCAACAUUUGGCAGUCAAAUAAGGGAUCUCGGGGCCACGGUGAAUACCCUGAAAGAAACGAAUAUGAGGGUACAGAAUGCACAGGUCACUAUGCAACAGAACAUCAGCAGUAUUAAGCACUCAAUGUUAGAAUUGUCGAAUAUUACUCAAAAGCCUCAAAUAUUAAGCAUCGACGAAACGCAAGUUAAGACUGACAAACUAAACCUUACAAUAUCACAUUUAACGCAUAAUUUAACGCAUGUUAAUGAGACGUUGUCGAGCAAAUUGCAAUGGGUCGCCGACGACCAAGACAAGGAUCGCAAAAAAUUAGUUUCGCUUCAAGAAGCAACGGCGGCGAUCAACACGACAAUGAUGUCCUUGCAAGGGGAGUGCGUUAAAAUGUCUGAGCAAGCUUCUAUUCUAGCAUCGAUUCAGCAAUUAAAAGAUAAGAUGAACGAGAUACGCGCAACAGAUGUAGACUUAAUCAACAAAUUCAAGCAAUUGGAACAAUCGUAUGUCGGACUGAAAAAUUCUACUAGCAUAAUGUUCGCGACUGUGUCCGAGAUGCAAAAUCAGCAGCAAGUCAACAAGAUCAAGCUAUCGGAGUCGUUAAACAGCGAUAUGACAACGGAGACAUAUCGCGGUAUGACAGAUGACGUUGCUCAGAGAAGGAGUUUGAAUGAUAGAAUGUAAAUGUGGCGAAAGCAAAAGUGAAGGACCCUGAAAGAAACUUGCGCUCGAAAAGCGACUUUCACAAUAGAUGAAAGUCACGUCGUACGCAGUCUGAGAAGCUAUGUAUUGUAAAUAUUAAAUAAAUUAAGAGAAUACGUUACACAUGUACAUAGGAAGAUACUAUUUAUGAUACCACACGCAUUCUCUGAUGGAAUAGCCCAUCGGGAUUGCGUGAGUAACGUGUGAUGUUACGUUGACAAGAGACUAUCGUGAGCGUGCCGUGGCCUGAAAGAAGCCACUUACGCUGAGCAAUAAUUUAAAGCGUUUGGAACAUUUAUUGUUAGCGAGACGAAUGUAUUCUGUAUUCGAUCUAGAUUAGAUACGUCAAUUCCUAAUAACACCGAACACUACAUAGCGAGAAAGGUAUUUCAGAAAUACUAUGGAAAGUACAAAGUCGACAGCCGUCUCGAAACACGUUCUCGGUUGUACAACGUCUAGAAAAAAACAUUUAUAUUUAAGUAGCGGCAGCGAAAGUUUUCUACUCUUCUACAUUUUGUAGCAUAAUACGCUAUUGUACAUUUUUCCGAGUUUUCUGACAUGAAACAAUAGAGUUUCCCAGAUAGCGAAAAAAAAAUCAUGUAUAGAUACCGUGAUUCAGCAUGUGUAUGUAAAUACAAAAAUUAUUUAACAAACAGUGUGAUAAAAGGAUAGAGAAGUAACGAUUGCACAUUUUCAUUGCAAAGUUAAUUAAAUUUUAUUUUCAGGAUUCAAGACAAAUCAAGACAUUGGUGGUAUAUGUUUCCCUUUUUUAAUUUAGCGUGCACACAUACAUACACCGUACAGUUGAAUGUACAAUUAAAUGUGAUGGUUAAAAUGUUAGUCUUUCUGCAGCAAAUAACUUUUACUUGCAUCGCAGAUAGUAUUGUAGUAGGCUUGAUCAAAUCUUUUUAAUAAAGAAUGAGCAUUAUUUUUGUAUGUAUUGAGAACGAUGUUUGCGAAAAGAAUAAAACGAAGAAUAAUAACGAGCUUCCCGAAAGCUUGCAGCAUCUCGGCUCUUUGGUACAUGAAUGGUUUUCAUCGAACUCUUGUUCUUGAACUGUAGACAGCGAAUGUAUACGAGAACUAGAAUAGUAUUCGCAUGUAAUUAUUUCGCAUACAAUCAUACAUCAUGAGGAACAAUCUAGGCGAGUAGUAGCUUGAUCUCUCACGACAGCGUGCGAGAAAUCCCCAAAUGAAGACCAAUUAAUUUUUUGAAAUACAAUUUUGGCUAUGUGCAUUCGUUUGUGAAUUUAGGAGGAUAAUUACGUGCGAGUACGCGAUAAAUCAGCUACAACAAUAUCGAAAUGAAUUAAUAAAAAAGAAAAGAGAAGGAAUAUAU